UCUUUCAUGCAUAACUACGGCCCUCUAUAAUAAUAUGCCAAUCAGUAUAAAAAGCCAAUCAGUGAUGAGCUUAUUGGGACGUUCAGGUUUUGGGAAAACAGUCGCCUAGCAACAGUGACCAAACGUUCCCCUUAUUUCCUUUAUGCUGGACGGAGUUUGAUCAUGCUACAAAAAAAAAAAUCACUUCAGCUAGUUUAUCUGGGGAACGAGUAGUGUCUUUGUUGGAGUCUUGAGGCACUUUUAUUAAUCAGUGCAAAUUUUUUGUAUUACGCUAAUAUAUCUAUGCAUAUUUUAAGUGUGCGUGCAAAGCCAACAUCUUCAGAAAUGCUUAACGUUAAUUUACUUCAUUUACUUUUAGGAUGAAACUAUUGUGUCUCCCCAGUAAAUGGAUGCAUAUACCAUAAUAUAGUUAGUUUCUGAUAUGUGUACGACUUGUUUCCGCUGGUAGGUGACUCGGUCAUCGUAUACUCUAGCCUGGGGAAAAGCGCGCCUGUUUGACAGUGAGCGCUGCUGCGGCGCUAACAGGCUAAUAGGCUAACGGUCUUAUUUGCUGCUGAAGACUCUUCGUACGUCACACACACACCGGAGAAUCGCAGGCGCUGCCCAUGGCGUCCGUGCUGGAAGAUCCUUCCUUGGAUCGACAGUUUAAAGGUCACAAAGAUGCUGUCACCUGUGCUCACUUCAGCUCAAACCGAACACAGCUGGCAACCAGCUCAGUUGACACGGCUGUCAUGGUGUGGAGCCUGAAUCCCAAGGCCCGGGCCAUCCGAUUGGUGGGCCACACACUAACUGUCACUGGAGUUGAAUUUUCUCCCGCUGGGCACCUGCUGGCCUCUGCUUCGCUGGACAGAACGGUUCGGCUGUGGACCCCCAGCACGAAAGGGCAGACCGCGGUGUUCAGAGCGCACACGGCCGCAGUGCGCAGCGUCAGCUUCUCCCCCAACGGCCAGCAGCUGCUCACCGCCUCCGAUGACAAAUCCCUGAAAGUGUGGAGUGUCCAGAAGCAGCGCUUCAUCUUCUCCCUGAAGCAGCACACCAAUUGGGCUCGCUGUGCACGUUUCUCACCAGACGGACGUCUGAUCGCCUCGUGUGGUGACGACAGGGCGGUGCGCCUCUGGGACACCGCCAGCCGCCAGUGCAUAAACACCUUCACAGACCAUGGCGGGUGUGAGACAUAUGUGGGUUUUAACAGUAGAGGCACCUGUAUCUGUUCUUCGGGGACAGAUAACACUUUAAAAAUAUGGGACAUCCGUACCAACCAGCUCCUGCAGCACUACCGAGUUCACAGUGCUGGGAUCAAUUGCUUUUCGUUUCACCCAUCGGACAACUACCUCAUCAGUGCGUCCAGUGACGGCACAGUGAAGAUCCUGGACCUGAUGGAGGGGAGGCUGAUCUAUACCCUCCGCGGCCACAAGGGGCCGGUGCUUGCCGUGGCGUUCUCCCCCGAUGGUCACCUCUUUGUCUCCGGGGGCUGCGAUUCCCAGGUUCUCAUGUGGAACACCAACUUUGACGCGUUCGACUAUAAGGAAGUGCUGAAAAGGCAUCGCCGGCGCGUCAAUCCGGACCCGCCCCCACACCUGAUGGAUAUCUACCCGCGGGCCCCCCACCUCCACUCGGCCCAGUCCAGCUCGAUCGAGAUCAGUCCCUGUGUCGCAGACACGCAGAGCCCGGACCCACACGUCGUAGAGCUGGGCCAGAGCCUCACCUCCAGCAUGGACGGUGGUGGCGGCCUUGGGAGCAGAAGGUGGCCCGUCGGUGAUGACACACGGGCCUCAAAAGGACCUGGCUCAAGGCAGGAGGAAGAGGAGCAGAUGGGCGCUGUGACCUUCCCCCUGGAGGAGCGCUCCUGCCUGCCCUCGGCCUUCUCCAGCACCCUGGAGAACAUCGUCCAGCAGCUGGAUCUCCUGACGCAGGCGGUGUCCAUCCUGGAGGAGCGGCUGACAAUGACCGAAGACAAGCUGCGGGAGUGUCUGGAGCAGCAGGCCAGAAUAUUCCAGCUGCGUGCAGUGGAGCCGGAGGCCGACAGCAGCUCCCUGAGCUCAUCUGUGUAAAGGCCCGGCUGCGCCUGCCUUACCCCCCCCGCCCUCGAGCUGCGCAGGACGGAGCUGACUGACAAUGGCUCCCUAAGCUUGUCUGCAUAAAGGUCUAACCUCCACCCUCCCACGCCCCCCCCCCCCCCCCCCCCGAAAACACCCACAGCUACAAAACCAGCUCCUCUUGUUUUGUCGGCAGCAGAAAGGCAGCGAAUAUGCAAAUCUGCCCACUUCCUCAGAGCGCCUGGUGCAGGUCGUCGCAAACAGCACAGAGCGUCGUACACAGCAGUCGUACUGUCCUCCUAACCCAGCACGUGUCUGUCUUUGUACUUUCUGUGGGAAUUAAAGCAGCCCCUUCACCCUCCUCAGGGCACUGCAUCGCUCUGCCGUCUGUUGUGUCUGUGCCGAGAGGAACCAUCUUGUUUACUCAUCCGCCCGCAUGAAAGUGGGUUUCCUGUCGCGGAAGCCAUAAAGAGCAUGCAGGCGUGUGCCCUUUCAGCGCGACAUCCUUCCUCACGCCGAUGGCCUCUUUUGUGUGUGUGUGUGUGUGUGUGUGUGAUGGAAAUAAGCCAGUUGGGGCCAGUGAACUUUCAUGCCGUACGGGAAUAUUGUUUUUGCACGCUGAACACAGAGCCGUAAGGCCAGGCUUACGUUAGAAGAAUCAGAAUCUGCUUUGUUGGUUGAGUGUUAAUACAUACAGGCAAUAGUGCAAGAGGAAGCUGAGAUUGAAAGGGACACAACUUCAUAAUAUAAAUAUGAAGGUCUUUAUUGGUGUGAUGAAGCCAGAUUAAAUAUUUGGGGGGUUUCUCCCCCACCCCUCCAGUUCCUAUGCCUCUGCAUACAGGAAGUGUGGCUCCGGGUGUCAGUGGCUUGCAGACAUACGCAUCGAAGGCAAAGCAAUCGGCACAGAUGGUCCAGCUGAUAUGUAAAGGGGCUGCCAUGUGUGGCAUCUCUGCAGCACAAUACAGUUCUGAAGCUCCUCUCAAGGGGCCUCGCUCACAUCUCCUUUUGUGUCUGACUCGCCAUCCUUGGGUCUGGGCCUCGCCUGCACCACUGUAGAAUCUUCCAGACCUUAGUGGCGUCUCUCUGGCGUUUGCCUGAUCUGUAAACACACACCCUGCUGCCUCUGCACAUCCACAGGAAAGGAGGGUGGCGGCAGCGGACAGGCUGAGCCGGCGGAUAUCCCGUCUCAAGUGCUGCCGGCCUUGAGGCCCACAGCGGCGCCCGUGGAUCCGACACGCCAUGCAAUGUGGGCUCGUUUGCAAUGUCUUUUGUUUGCAGAGACCUCGUGUACAGGAAAUGAGGUGCUGGGGGACAUGCACAGUAAAGCGGUGUGAGCAGGGGACCAGCAGGACCAGGCUUGUCUCUCACGGUCUGGUGUCUCACUUCCUGUGCAGACUCACUGACCUCCAGAAAGAAGGAGACCCCUGCCCUCUUUAGCCUGUGCUCCGGGUUUCUCCCUCUGCCACAGGGAGAGCACAGCAGUAAAUCACAAGCCGAUGGACAGGAGGAGGCGGCAACGCUUGUACGUUGCAGCUCAUUGCUGCCGCCGCUCUGCAGCCCGUGGAGACGGAUCUGUGUAACAGCCACAGAAUAGACCGGAAAAAUGGGAAAACUUUCUGCCUUUUUUCCUGCAAACGAGUGACUGCAGCAGGCUGGCUAGCAAACUUGGUAUCUGUGGUUGAAGUCCUGCAUCCACGGCGCCUCUCGCACCUGGUGGGGGGUGACCGCACGAGGGGUGUGUGAGCUGCAGGUGUCACGUCUGCCGCACAGAAAGUAAUUUUGGCAGCUGUGCAGGAGGGUGCUCACCUUCUGCUGCCGUCUCGUUUUGUGAAUGGGGUCACGCUCUUCAAACGCGUCGUGUCAAGCUGCCGAGGCCUCUAAGUUGCUUGCUCCAUUUCACUGCGGUUUUCUUGUUGUGCCUCCCCGCUGAAUAUCGCUUCUUGCACGUGGGCGUAGCUCGUUGUUUAUUAUCCGGUUUCUGCUUGACAGAGGAAGUGUAGGAUCACUCUCUCUCCAGCUCCGCUGCUGCGUGUGGCUGCACUGGGGACUCAGAACAAUAUACAUUUUUUGAGAAACCAGGUAUACAUAGAUCCUGGAGCAAUUGGGGAUUAAGGGUCUUGCAUAAGGGUCCAAUGGUGACAUCACUAAACCGAGUCUGGGAUUCGAACCAAUGACUUUCCAAUCACAGGCAUAGCAUCCUCACCAACUGAUCCACACAACGCCCCCUUUCUGCUGCUCUGCAUGUGCGAUGUGGGUGCGUGGGCUGGGUGCUGGGGUUGCCGGUUGGCGGUUGGGAUCCACCAGUGUGAUAGGUGUUUUCUCCUGUGCCUCUGCCCUCCAUAUGAGACGCUGUCAGGUGUUCCUGCCACAUCGGCGACUUUCUGCAGCCUCACCUUGGGUGGGGGGUGGGGGGGGGUCCGUCGUGGAAAGCUGCUAAUCCCCCAGAUCAGUGAGAGACUAUCUCAGUCAACACAGCAUACUCUUGUUUCAGUUUUUUAUUUUGCUUCUGGGUUUCUAUAACCACACUUUUGCCACUUUGUCCACGCUUAGCCAUGACAGCACGAUGAAGGUGAUCAGGCCUUGGGAAAGCUGGGCAGGAAUGCCGGCCCUCUGCUGGAGACUCAUCUGCUGCCCAUGUGGGUCGUGCUGAACUUGCAUAAUAGAGGUCCCUCUUUCAAAGGAUUCUCCUCCAUUGUCUUCUCACAUUCUUUCUUCCUCUCCUUCCCAGUUCAUGCACCAUUUUGUUUAAUCAGUGUUGCCACGCACUCUUGUCAAGUGCCUUGUGUUGUGAGAGGCGCUAUAUAUAACAUGAACGGAGUUUGAAUGGACUGUUUGAUCGGAUGGGACCGGCAGCCACGUUGCUUUUGUCAUGAGCUUUCUUCUGAGUGUGGGAUCUGUGGAUGGCUGCUUUAGGCUGCAGCUGUAAGCAGUUUUCAUGCUGACACACAGGUAAAAAUCGGUGGAACAGGAAGUCCCAAAUGAACAGGUCUGCUAAGCCUGGGGCUCGCGUUUGCUCUGCAACGUGGCUGGACGGCCGCACCCCCUUUCCUCCAUGGGAGGGGCCUAAUGAACCCAACGGUAGGGUUAUCCAUGGCCCUCCCUCGGACGCUUUGUCCCAGCGAUAGCAUCAGCACUUCCGUGGCUGUAAUGGCUGUUGUCUUUUCCCGAUGACUUCCUGGCGAUCGGAGCACUUACCGGCAGAGGCUGGGGGCGGUUUGGAGCCGAGGAAAUCCACUGUUUACUUUAAUGAUACUUUUAAGAGAAAAAAAACACACCUGCUUUCUCUUCCGGAGUUAAACUCUGCCGAGACCUUUAGCAGCACAAAUGAUGCAGCAUAAGUGCAACAGAAUGAAGAUAUUCAUUCAUAUAUACUUUUAAGAGGAGCUUUUGUUAAUAAUGUUGUUAAAUUAAGAAGUUUCUUUAGUAUAUAACACAGUAUGAGCUACAUAACCAGGAAGCUGAGCUGCUUUUCGUGGUCAGGGCUUCUAGGUGAGGCUGGAUUGUGGUUUCUGAAUGGAAAAAAAAAAACCUUGAAUAAAAUGGAAAGAAAACUUAGAAGAUUUAAAGAUAUUUUUUUCUGAGCCAAUGUGACUCCGAGAUGAACAUGCUGUGUCUUCAUGCCCCAGAGCCUGGAAGCUCUUCAGCCAAGACUUUCAGUAGAACCGUACAUUUUUUCCCCAUGCUUUGUGGAACUGCAAAUUAUUUCAAUAAUUAUGGCAUGUGGUUGAAAGAUGGACGGGUAAAUAAAAUCUUUUUUAAUACGUUUGUAUGAAUGAUUAAAUUGUACAGAGAUCACACCUGGUCUGCGCAUGAAGUUUUAUCAGUGAACGGUAGAUUCUUGUAGAUUCUGGAAUUGGACAUUAUCUCCCAGGUGGUUCCGUGUGACCCAGUGAAUGAGUCUAAUGGACAGCUGGUCCACCUGCGUGGUACAGAGCUUCUAAGGCUGGUGCUACAACAAUGCCUGCUUGGCUUCCGUCAUUCUAGUAGGCAUGACUCAGCCAGGUUAAUGCGUCUUACCGGGAUCCGGUUAAGCGCAGCUGGCAGGUGACAUCCAGGAGUGUCGGGUGAAAAGGAUUGUGGGGGAUGACCUCCAUCAUCAGUUUCAUAACAGGUCCGUGAAACCUCAAAGCCCUAGGAAUGAGGGUUUGAAUCCCAUCCCUGUUCCCCCAGUGCUGUACAGGUUCCCUCCCAAAGCCAGAUGCCUUGUAGUUUGGAGAAUUGGUGUCUCUAAAUUACUUGUAGUGUGUGUGGACUGAGCCACUAACCCACUGAGCGGCACAGAGGGGUAUGAAGUGUGGCACGCAAUGGCAUCUUCAUGGCGUGCAGAGACUUCUCAUUGUGUAUCAUCAGUAGAUGGCUGAACACUCAAAUCCACAUUUACACAGUCCAGUCUCCUUUCUCCCUUUAUCUCUGACAUCCUCCAUCACUUCGCAGUCACGGCUGUUGUGAGGCAUUCAUUGCAGCCCCCCCCCCCCAGGCAUCCUGAUAAACCCAUAAACUGUCAUAGUUCCAAGCCCUCCCUGAAGAAACUCCUUCGAGUGUGCUUGGCUGAUCUUCACACCAUUAAGGGAUGCCGUGAGCGUGUGCGGUGUGAUUAAGGAAGCAGCCUGACACUGAAGUCGAGCUGCUGAGAUGGCUUCCUGCAGGCGGUGACUGUCCCCAGUGCAACAGCGGGCAGCCAGAGUGACCUUUUCACAGAGCCGAGGCAGAGGUGGUCUUGUCAGGAUCAGCGCAGUGAGGUCGACAGGCAAAGCCUUUGGCUUCCCAUCUGUCACUAAUGCUCUGUGUAUAGGCAGAAACACAGGCCAUUCUCGAUUCUAGUGUUUACCUCCAUGAAAAAUUAUUAUUCUAAACCAGUGGUUUCCAAUCCGGUCCUUAGGGACCCGCAGACAGUCCACAUUUUUGUUCACUCCCAGCUCCCUGCCAGACAAUUCACAUUGUUGCUCUGGGAGGGAACAAAAAUGUGGACCGGAUUGGGAAACACUAUUCUAAACCGAUCCGGCAAUUUCACCUCGUAUUUCUUUGAGGCCGAGCACCCCUAAAGGUCAAAGGCCCCUGGCCAGAGCUACUGGCACACUUGUCAAAAUCCACUUUCACGACAUUGACCUUUCAAAGCAUCGCUGACAUGUUCUAGGCAGGUUCUAAAUGGCCAGAUAAAAGCUUCUGUUUGCUUAGCUGACCCAGCUGGGGCGAUUAUAGCUAAAUAUGUGGCAUUUAGGGACACCCAUAAUCUCACUAACUACAGGGAGGUGUUUUCCAAAGGCACUUGUUGCUCUGUGCCAGGGUCAUGUGCGGGCAUCUCUGUGGCGCUCUGGAACCAGAGGUUCUGAACAUAUUGCUGAAGUGGGCCCUCCUGGCAGCCCGGUCUCACCGCGGAUGUGGUUCCCCAUGGCGGGCCUCCGGCGAACACCGAGACAUCAGUAAUUAUACUGCAGGAGCCGCCUAUUAACAAUCCUCCUGCUGUCAGUAAAUUACAGGUUCAGGACCAUUACCCAGAAUGCCCUGUGUGGGCUGCACUAACGCGUAAAAACAUCCUUUCUGUGUUAAGGAUGUUUGGGGAGCCUGUAGGAAACAUGCAUGUUUUAAAUGUGAGGGAAUGUGGAGGAACGAAUGGGUGUGACCAGCAAGAAGAUGGAGAAAUGAAUGAAAGCGAGAUGGUCUCUCUAACUGGGACCUUGAAGAGCUGUGAAAUUAAUAAGGAACAGAGUUUGAACUUAUUUCUUCCAAUAGUUCAGGGUGACCUGAAUCAGUUAAUAUUCAAUUUGCUUUUGUUUGCUUGAUGAGUCCAUAAAAAGCGAGCCAAUAAAUAUGUAAAUUAUGGCAUCACAGAGUCCCUGCAGCCAAUCAUCUUUCGUGUCCUCGGACCCGGGGCCUGCAGGUUUCAUCUCGGGCAGCACUGUGUUCAGGUUUCCUCGUUUUAAAGGUUAGAAGCAAUCAGCCAUUUUUUUUAAAUGCUCAAGGAGAGAACAACAACCUCCAAACACAAACAUCCAGUGACAGAAGCAGGGAGGAAGUGCCUUGGUGACAGGAAGUGAAACUUCACACUGCAGGAACACGGCUCCUGGCCUGACCCCCAUGGGGGGUGGGUGGCAGAUUAAAGGGCCCCUACGCACCACAGAGAUGGCCUGAGGGGUCAGCUGAUAAGAACGGAGUCGCCAUUAUCUGGCAGCCGUGGCAGCAGCGCAGUCAGGCAUGAAAAAGGCGGCCUGCAGAACAGGCAGACAACAGGAAGUGACCCGGGUCCCGUGUCACAUGAUGAAAAGGGGCCUUUUUGUUUUUCUGUGAAUGUAAGUGUGAUGCCCGACCUUGACAAGUUUAGGCAAACAGCUGUUCAGUGUAUCUUAUCCUGUAACCCUAACCCUUAUCAACCAUA